CGUGAUACGUGACGCGCUGCUGAUAUGAGUGGUCACGUCGUAGCAGAACGAAUUUAUUUCACAGACCGACAUACACCUUGCAUCAACAGGUGUUUGUUUCAGAUGGUCUUACCUUUUUCUCUAGUUAAACCAGAUCAAAUAAACAAAAAUGCCUAAGGACAGGUUAGCGGAACUGAAGGAAAAAAAUGGAGAAAGUCAAGGAAGUGAAAGUGAUGCUUUGUUGGAAGUGAGUGCACACCAGUCCACCAAAUAUUCACAAAAAACCAAAGGCAUACAGGAAUUACUUUGGACAGUUCAGCAACAAGUUAAUGAAAUAAAAGUGUUGCAUGGAAAUAUCCUUUCUUCUUCUACAACUGAAAAAAGUUCAAAGGAGAAAUUGGAAAAGUUAUCAAAAUUAAUCACUACCAGUAUGACUCAAAUAGGAAAAGAUUUGAAAGAUUUGAAAUUGUCAUCAUCAAAGGAUUUCGGCAAUAAAAAACUGUCCGAAACGGAAUUUCGAAUGGUUAGCAACAUGCAAUCCUCUCUCACAAACAGAUUUCAGGGAAUUUGGGAAGAUUUGUGUUCUACUCGAACCAUGUAUGAAGACAAAUGUAAAAGACGGAUUCAGCGUCAACUAGAAAUUGCCGGCUACAAUAUGGGUGACGAUGAAAUUGAAGCGGCGUUGGUCAGUGGAGUAUCCGUGUUUUCGAAAGAGUUUGGAGAGUGUGAAGCGGCAAAACUGGCUCUCCGCGACUUAGAAGAUCGGCAUGAAGAACUGCUUGCCUUGGAAAAGAAUAUUCAGGAAAUGCAUGAUUUGUUCGUUGAGCUUAACCUUUUGGUAGAGUGUCAGGGAGAUGUGAUUGACAGCAUAGAAAUGAACAUCACUCAAGCGGCAAUUCAGGUGGAUGACGGUAAAAUUUGUCUAGAAAAAGCAAAACAGAAACAGUCCUCAUUCCGAAAGAAAAAGAUUAUUUGCAUUGCUCUUGCUUCUGUAGCAGUGAUCUUAGCUGUUGUGAUUGCUCUGUCUGUUCUUCUUGGUUAGAUUUUUUAGUCCAGUAUUUUAUUACAGGGAUCUUUUGUGCUUUACGAUAAAAAAAGUAACGAAAACACUCCAGAAGCACUAAGCGUGAUUGACAUUUAUGAAAUUUGAAAUUAUUUUUACCUUAAAAUUGUUACGUGUAUGUCUCUCGAUAAAAUCUGUUCACAUUAGUAAACUAGUAAACUUUGAAA